GCCCGCCCCGCGGCCCCGCCCCGCGCGCCGACGUGACGCGGGAGCGGCGGCGCCAUCCGGUCGCGGCCGCGGUGCUGCGAGGGGCGCCGAGCAUGAGCGCCCCCGCGGCCCCGGGCCCCGCGCUCGGCGUGGACGUGCCGGCGCUGGCGGCGCAGCUGGCGCGCGGCUUCGCGCUGCUGCUGCCGGUGUACGCGCUGGGCUACCUGGGCCUGAGCUUCAGCUGGGUGCUGCUGGGGCUCGGGCUGCUCGCCUGGUGCCGCCGCCGCCGCGGGCUCGGGACCGGCCGCCUGGGCCGCGCCUGGGCGCUGCUGGACGCCGAGGAGCGCGCCGUGCGCCCGGCCGUGCGCGCCUGCGACCUGCCCGCCUGGGUCCAUUUUCCAGACACCGAGAGAGCAGAAUGGCUAAAUAAGACCGUGAAGCACAUGUGGCCUUUCAUCUGCCAGUUCAUAGAGAAGUUGUUUCGAGAGACCAUCGAGCCGGCCGUGCGGGGAGCCAGUGCCCACCUGAACACGUUCAGCUUCACGAGGGUGGACAUGGGCCAGCAGCCCCUCAGGAUCAACGGUGUGAAGGUGUAUACUGAAAACGUGGACAAGAGACAAAUUAUUUUGGAUCUUCAGGUUAGUUUUGUAGGAAACUGUGGCAUUGAUUUGGAGAUCAAGCGGUAUUUUUGUAGAGCUGGUGUGCAGAGUAUUCAGAUUCACGGCACAAUGCGGGUGAUUCUGGAGCCCUUGAUUGGAGACAUGCCUCUCGUGGGGGCGCUGUCCAUCUUCUUCCUCAGGAGGCCGCUGUUAGAAAUUAACUGGACGGGACUGACUAAUCUCCUUGAUAUCCCUGGACUGAAUGGCUUAUCAGACACCAUCAUCCUGGAUAUAAUCGCGAACUACCUGGUCCUCCCCAACCGCAUCACCGUCCCGCUCGUGAGUGAGCUCCAGAUGGCCCAGCUGCGCUUCCCUGUCCCGAAGGGUGUUCUCCGGAUCCACUUUCUGGAAGCUCAGGAUCUCCAGGGCAAAGACACGUACCUGAAGGGACUCGUCAGGGGCAAGUCAGACCCCUAUGGCGUCAUCCGGGUCGGCAACCAGAUCUUCCAGAGCAAGGUCGUCAAGGAGAACCUGUGUCCCAAGUGGCACGAGGUGUACGAGGCUUUAGUCUACGAGCACCCGGGGCAGGAGUUGGAGAUUGAGCUCUUCGAUGAAGACCCAGACAAAGAUGACUUUCUCGGAAGUCUCAUGAUCGAUCUCAUUGAAGUUGAAAAGGAGCGGCUUUUGGAUGAGUGGUUCACUCUGGACGAAGUCCCCCGGGGAAAGCUGCACCUGAAGCUGGAGUGGCUCACCCUGAUGCCCGACGCGUCCAGCCUUGACCAGGUGCUGGCAGACAUCAGGGCUGACAAAGACCAAGCCAACGACAGCCUCUCCUCCUCGCUGCUGAUCCUGUACUUGGAUUCCGCAAGGAACCUUCCGAGUAACCCAUUAGAAUUUAACCCUGAUGUCUUGAAGAAGACCGCAAUUCAGAAAGCUUUAAAGUCAGGGAAGAAAAUCAGCAGCAACCCGAAUGUUCUCGUCCGGAUGUCCGUCGGGCGCAAGGCUCAGCAGAGCAAGAUCCGGUACAAGACCAGCGAGCCCGUGUGGGAGGAGAACUUCACUUUCUUCGUCCACAAUCCCAAGCGCCAGGACCUUGAAGUGGAGGUCCGGGACGAGCAGCAGCAGUGCUCCCUGGGGACCCUGCGGAUCCCGCUCAGCCAGCUGCUCACCUGCGAGGACAUGACGCUCGCCCAGAGGUUCCAGCUGCGCGACUCCGGCCCCAGCAGCUCUGUGAAGAUGAAGCUCGCACUCAGGGUCCUGCGCCUCGAGACGCGGGAGAGGGCUCCGGACCACCAGCACUCGGCCCAGGUGAAGCGGCCCAGCGUGUCCAAGGCGGGCAGGAGCGUCUCCGUCCGCUCCCAGGCGCCCCGGUCGCCCGGCCCCGCCGACCGCAGCCCCGCCCCGUCCACGCCCGGCCUGCCGGAGGGGGCCGAGGCGCCUGAGUCCAGCCCCCGGGGGCUGCGGGACCUGGGCAGGAGCUCCUCCAGCCUGCAGGCCAGCAGCACCUGCUCGCCCAGCCGCCUGUCGCUGAAGGAGCCCACGCCCAGCAUCGCCUCCGACAUAUCCCUGCCCGUCGCCACCCAGGAGCUGCGGCAGCGGCUGCGCCAGCUGGAGAAUGGGACCACCCUGGGCCAGUCCCCCCUGGGGCAGGUCCAGCUGACCAUCCGGCACAGCUCCCAGAGGAACAAGCUGGUGGUGGUGGUGCACGCCUGCAGGAACCUCAUUGCCUUCUCGGAAGACGGCUCCGACCCCUACGUCCGCAUGUACCUGCUGCCAGACAAGAGGAGGUCCGGGCGGCGGAAAACACACGUGUCCAAGAAAACCCUAAACCCGGUGUUUGACCAGAGCUUUGACUUCAGCGUCUCGUUGCCAGAGGUGCAGAGGAGGACGCUGGACGUGGCCGUGAAGAACAGCGGCGGCUUCCUGUCCAAAGACAAAGGGCUACUUGGCAAAGUCUUGGUCAGUCUAGCCUCUGAAGAACUUGCCAAAGGCUGGACCCAGUGGUACGACCUCACGGAAGACGGGACUCGGCCCCACGUGACGUAGCGGCCCUGGGCACGACACGCCCAGAACACGCCCUCCCAGUGCUUCUCCAGUUACUGCUGCAUACAGUAAGGUGGUAGUUAGCCCCGUGUUACGUGAAGCUGGUGGCCGUACCUACGAGGGAACCGACGUUUGUUUAUGCUUCACUGAUGCCUUGUUUCGUAUGUCACUGAGGCACACUAUGCUAUGUAUAUACUCUAUUUUUUAUAAUCUCUAUUCUGGUUUCAAUUCAGAAGGAAAUAUUUAUUUUCUUCUAAAGUAUUAAACUCUAUGAUAAAAUAAUCAGUUUUGUUUUUGCAGGAAAAAAGUUCUUUAUGACUUAUUUUCUGGUGUUUCCUUUUAAAAAGAAAAGCAGAAAGAUUUAUCAUUUUUGGUAUAUUUCUCCCCAUUAUGAAUGAUGAAAGUAUUUAAAAUAUUAACAUUUGCAUAAAAAGAUGUAUUAAGAAGUUAAAGUGCUUUAAGGAAAAUUGUUGUAUACUUGAGUAAUAUAAAAUGUUAAGGAAUUGCAAUGGUUUGUAAAUCAUAGUGAACUUCUCUGAAGUUUCGUACAUAAAAUACAAUGUCUUAAUUUUUAA